AUGAGAUAUAGUGUAAUAGCUCUCUUAUGUGUGGCCCUUGCUCAAACUGCUGAUUGCAUUGACUGUUUAAAAACCCUUUCGCGCUACAACGUUGAUAGGAUUGUAGAAGGUUAUACGGAUACGGAAACACCUCCAAGUUCUACACGCGAGCUAAUAUGGAUCGAUCUAUGUUCUACACAUGAAGAUAAAAAGCCUAAGGAGUGCGAUGAUGGCAGUAUAUUCUGUUAUCGAAAGGAAGUAAAACUGCAGGAUACUGAACCAGUAGUGACGGAAGUCAUCAACUUUUCUAACAACAAUGACAUUAAAAUAACAACUUCGCAAGACGCGUUUUCAGUUUACUUCCCAGCGGUCCAGUGGGGUGCUCAGGCUGUUGAAGCUCACUUGAAUUUUGUGUGUAACGAGAAAGAAGGGGGCGGUGAGGUACAGGUAGUCAAGUGGGAUAAACCAAACUCAUUGUCAAUAGAUAUCAGUGGGCCAUCUUCCUGUUUCAAAAAAGACAAUACAGCAUCUCCCAAGCAUGGUGGUUUUGGAUCAUGGAUUCUUUGGUUGUUUUUGUAUGCGAUUUUGUUCACUGUAAUAUAUUUAUUGGUCGUAUCAUAUCUUAACACAAGGAACGGUAGUCUGCAAGACUUCCGCGAAGAAUUUACAGACCGUUCUGGCAAUCUCCUAACUUCCUUACCAGAUUUCGCUAGAGAAUUGGUUGGGAAAGUCGUCAACAGCAAUUCUUCCUCCAGAGGAGGGUACAGUGCAGUAUAG